GACACGACAUUCCUGGACUCCACUGAGAGAAAAGCUAUAGUUUGUCUCGCACACCCCUCGACGAUUUUGGAUUUCUAAUUUUGAUUUUGAAAGGGGAUACAUUUCAAAAGGACGUUCAGACUAUUUUUUUUUGGUUUGUUUUAAAUUCAGUUUCGUCUUAUUAGCUCUACGUGAAGCCAUAAAGGCUAAACUACAAGAAAUAUCGAUUCGUCAUCUAUUGGAGGAUCAACACUAAUCUUGUAGAAUCAUGUCCAUCCACAAGCGUGUUCUGAGGUCCCUGGGCAAUGGGUCAACCAGGCGGAACCUGUUUGGGCCGGUGGACCGUGCGCAGCUGCAGCAGGACUACCACAAGGCGCUAAAGCAGGACCUAGAGGAGGCGACACGGCGCUGGAGCUUCAAUUUCCUCACCGAGGAGCCCCUAGACAACGGCAACUUCCUGUGGGAGGGUGUUUCUGGGGCGAAGGUUCCCCUGGUGUAUCGUUCCUCUAAGCGCAGCAAGGUCGCCAGCUUCUCAGCAUUGUCCUCAUCCUCGAAGGCGAAUGGCGUAUCCAUGAAGUCGGCAUCAGCAGAGGCCGUUUCCAGCACAUUGCAGAGCAGCAAGGAGAAUGUGCCGAGGACACCGGAGAGACACCCGAACACCCUGAACAUCCUGGAAAGAACCCCAGUGAAGAACGAUGCCAAGAGCAACAAGCGGAAGAGGAAACAAUCUAAUAUUACAGAUUUCUACCAGGCAAAAAGAAGGGUAGUGGGCACGCCCAGAAAAUCAGGCCAGUGAUUGAACAACUGGGAGUGACCAAAGAAGCCUCAUUUGCAAGAAGCAAAACUCACUUCUUCUCUCAGGAACUGAACUCAACACAGGCACUGCACACAUAAAACCUACCUAAAGACUUGUACAUAAAAAAAAAAACACCUCAGAGGUAUCCAGCUCCUCUGGAAGACUCUUCUACAAAUCAUGGCUGUCAAUUCCUCUAGAACCUCACACCUCCCCCCACCACCCGUUUAUGAAGACCUCAUAGUGUGUGUGUGUGGGGGGGGUACUGUUGCUAUUUAAAGGUGGAAGUGUGGUCUUGUAAAUCACUGUAGCCUCUUAAUGGGAGAGUGGUCCAGAAACAUGUCUGACUGUGCUCUACCAUGAACCAACGUGAACUUGCUACUGGUUCUAUGCUUUAUGUAAACUUGAACUGAACUGAAUCACUUACACUCCGUGACAGUUCUGAGAGGGAUAAUUGUGAGGGCAAGACCAAUUGAGCUGCCUUUGAGGACUGCCCAUACUGUAGGUACCUCUAUUCCAUCAUACAUGAGCAAGGCAUAGCAGAGGAGCAGGGUCAGUGAGGUGAACUCAGAAAAGUUCUCCAAAGGUGCUCAUUUUCCGUAAGGUGUCUUUUUUAUUUUUUAUAUUCUUGUUCUUUUUUACCGUUACAGUAGCACUGAGAAGCCUUUCCGGUCAUUUAUCCGGAAAGUGUUUGGGGGUGGGGAG